GCUGUGCUUGCCAAGGGCGCGUGCGCUCCUGGCCUGCACGUGCGUAAGCAGCGGCAGAGCGAGCACUCCAUGCCGCUGGGCGCGUGUUGCGCAGAAGGCGUCAUUCACUGCGGCGCGGCAGCCUCCGGAGCCACGCGUGACUGUCUUGGCGCACGCGCCCAUGUCGUAGCAGCGAGCUCGGGCCCCGAUGCGCUCCCCUCCUUUGCGCCGACGCUGGCCGGAGAUAACGGCUCCCCGAGAACAACCACUGCCCAUGCAGGUCAUCAUCCGAUGUUGAAGUGCGAUGGGUGCACGGUUAAAGAAUACGGAAGGACGUCAAACUUCUCAGUUCUUCAUCCGUUGCUAUUGACAGACCUUGGGCAUCACUGACCAGCGACAGCGAUGGCCAAGCCGCAGACCAGCGGAGCAGCCCGCAAGGCGGUGCGCGAGGGCCCGGACUCCGCGAGGGCCUGGUACCUGGGCGUCUUCUGCACCAUGUACGCAUUCUUCGGCUGGGUGGGCCUCAGCUCCACGCCCGUCCUCUACGUGGGGCUCAUCAAGCAUUCGGGAGCGUCCAGAGAGGCUGCGUCGCAGCCUUUCACGGCCAUGAUGUGCGCGUACUUCACUGGAAGCGUCCUGUACGGUGGGCUGGCCCACUGGUUCAACGAACAGAAGCUGCUGUUCGCAGCCGCCGUCAUCAUUUCGUCGACGCUGUUUGCGAGCUACUUCAUCGUCAACAUCACAGUUCUGACGGUUGUCCUGGGUGUGAUCCACGGUCUGGGCGUGGCCUCGGUUGGUGUGGUGGUGGGCGCCCUGCUGUCGCAGUACUUCAUCAAGUAUCGGGCCACGGCGUUCGCGCUCAUGUCGGUCACGCUGAGCCUGACGGGCGUCGUGUUCCCACCCGUGGCGUCCUACUUCGUCACCGAGUACGGCUUUUCCACGUCGCUGCUGCUGCUGGGUGCCCUGUCGCUGCACCUGUUCCUCUGCUGCCUGCCCCUGGCACCGCAGCCGUGGCAGCGAGAGCAGGCGCCGCGGCCGCCGCCGCCGCCCACUACGCUGACCGGCCACAAAACUCCCGCGGUGCGGGAAAAUACAAAUGGUCACAUCGUGAAGCAAGAAAACACAAAACAAGAUACUCCCAAAAGCACACUUAUAUUCAAAAAGAUGCGGCCAUUCCUGCAAGGCAUCUUCCCGAUAUGCUGCACGACUAACGCAUGCGGAUGCUUCGCCAUCUUCACCUACACACUAACUAUAGUGGACUUCGCACACGACUGCGGCUUUCAAGGCUACCAGGCCGCCAUGUUGAUGACAGCUAUGUCUGUGGGCUGGGCGGUGGCCAGCGUGGCACUUGCGCCGGCCGUCGACGCGGGGCUAACCAGCAAGGAGACGGUGGUCUUCACCAGCUUCGUGGUGCAAGGCGUCGGCUUCGUGUUUAUGGCGGUGCUGGGCGAACACUACGCGUGGCUCGUGACCGGCAGCAUUCUGGUCGGCUGGGGUCAAGGCAGCCGAGGCUUUCUGCUCUUCGUGUUCGUGCCCGAGCGCUUCCCCAAGGGACAGAUUCCAUUGGCCUUCGCGCUCAUGAGUCUUUCGUGCACGCUACCCUUCUUCGCGCGGGCGCCCAUCAUCGGUUACGUUCGGGACACGCUGGGCAGCUACUUCAUGCUCAUGGUGGGCCUGGCCGCCAUGCAGGUCGUGCUGGCCGUGUGCUGGGGCGCGCUGGCUCUGCUCAAGUGGAGGCACCGGACGGCGAAGCUGCGCAUAGCCCUCGCAUUUGCCUGACGCACUCCUGCGAGGUGUCAUGUAUUGUAGUAGCCGCGACCAUCGUGUCGGUUGUUCGGACUGUACGCCGAAAGCCAUUCCGCGCCGAGGCCUUGCGCGGUGUCGCAUGGCUCAAGGGCCUCCGACACCGGCAAAGAAGAAAGCGCAAGGAUGGAAGAGGGACGAGAAGAAAAGGGGGAGAAAAACGGGAAAAAAAAUCGCGACGACGAGAGGCUCCAGGUCAUGCUACAAAGUUUGCAAUAAACAUUGGUUGCACUC